AUGCAACUUUCCUGGAAAGAAAUACCCACGGUUGCGCCUGCAAAUGACCUGCUGGACAUCGUCCUGAACAGGACGCAAAGAAAGACUCCCACGGUAAUCAGACCGGGGUUCAAGAUCACCAGAAUCCGGGCUUUUUACAUGCGUAAGGUCAAGUACACCGGUGAGGGUUUUGUUGAGAAAUUUGAAGACAUCCUCAAAGGUUUCCCAAACAUCAACGAUGUGCAUCCAUUCCAUAGGGAUCUGAUGGACACGCUGUACGAGAAAAACCACUACAAAGUCUCGCUAGCGGCCGUAUCCCGCGCCAAGACGCUUGUCGAACAAGUCGCAAGAGACUAUAUUAGACUUUUGAAAUUCGGUCAAUCGUUGUUUCAAUGCAAACAGCUGAAAAGAGCUGCUUUGGGCCGUAUGGCCACUGUGGUCAAGAAAUUGAAAGACCCACUCGCGUAUUUGGAACAAGUGCGUCAACAUUUGGGCAGAUUACCUGCAAUCGACCCCAACACCAGAACAUUGCUGAUCUGUGGGUACCCCAACGUGGGUAAAUCUUCGUUUUUGAGAUGCAUCACCAAGGCGGACGUUGAAGUUCAGCCGUACGCUUUUACCACGAAAUCGCUCUACGUGGGUCAUUUUGAUUACAAAUACUUGAGAUUCCAGGCCAUCGACACUCCAGGUAUUCUGGACAGACCCACUGAAGAAAUGAACAACAUUGAGAUGCAAUCUAUCUACGCGGUUGCGCAUUUGCGUUCAUGUGUUCUUUAUUUCAUGGAUCUUUCCGAACAGUGUGGUUUCACGGUCGAGGCUCAAGUCAAACUUUUCCACUCUAUCAAACCUCUGUUUGCUAACAAGUCUGUCUUGGUCGUUGUCAACAAGACCGAUAUUGUUAGACCUGAAGAUCUAGACGAAGAGCGUGCCAAGUUGCUGCAAACCGUCGCUGAGCAUCCCGGAGUUGAGAUAAUGGCUACGUCCUGUUACGAAGAGGACAACGUCAUGGCUGUCAGAAACAAGGCAUGUGAGAAGCUCUUGGCCUCUAGAAUUGAGAACAAGUUGAAAUCGACUUCUAGAAUCAACAAUGUCUUGAACAAAAUUCACGUCGCACAGCCCCAAGCCAGAGAUGAUGGAGUCGACAGAACGCCAUUUAUUCCUGAAUCUUUCAAAGCCCGUCAAAAAUACGAUCCAGAGGAUCCAAACAGAAUCAAAUUGGCAAGAGACAUAGAAGCCGAAAACGGUGGUGCUGGCGUUUUCAACAUCAACCUAAAGGACAAAUAUUUGUUGGAGGACGAUGAGUGGAAGAAUGACAUUAUGCCGGAACUUUUGGAUGGUAAGAACGUUUACGACUUUUUGGACCCAGAUAUCGCUGCGAAAUUGCAAGCGUUGGAAGAAGAAGAAGAGAAAUUAGAAGCAGAAGGCUUUUAUGCUUCUGACGAAGAAGAAGAGACUUUUGAAGGUUUUGACGCUGACGAGAUAGCGGACAUUAGAGAAAAGGCAGAAUGGAUCAGGGACAAACAAAAGAAAAUGAUUGCUUCGGCAAGAAACAGAAAGGCUUUGAAAAACAGAGCUGUCAUGCCUCGUUCCAAAUUGGCCAAAUCUUAUGGAGAAAUGGAAAAACAUAUGUCCUCUUUGGGCCACGACAUGACUUCCCUUCAAGACAGACAACAAACUGCUGCCAGGAAAAACAGAUUUAUCGAAACUGGUGCAGAUGUGGUGUUCGGUUCCUCCGAGAGCAAUUCUUCAAAUGCCAAUGGUGGUAAAUUGAGACAAUCUGACAGACUGCUGGAUGGUGUCGCAGAUAGCUCGGUUAGGUCCAAGGCAGACAGAGUGGCUAAAUUGCAAAGAAGAUCAAGAAACAGAGAUGCAAGACAAGGUGAAUCUGACAGACACGCUACAGCGUCUCUUGCUAAGCAUCUGUUUAGUGGUAAACGUGGUAUCGGUAAGACCGACUUCCGUUAG